CAGAGUGCACGCAGACAAUGACGGCACUGAAUGGCACAUUCCACAGUCCAUAUUAUCCACAAAACUAUAACAACAAGGCCUGGUGCAAGUGGCAUAUUGAGGUUCCUUGGAAUUACGCUAUUCUGAUCACUUUUGAUGACGUCAGUUUAGAGUCCAGUUGCUGUUGGUGUGACUUUGUCUACGUGCGGGAAACAAUUAACGGAAUAACCGUUCUCAUUGAUCAAGUCUGUGACAUGACAACGCCUCAAUUAAAUUCCACUGGUAACAAUGUUACAGUUAUUUUUCGAUCAGAUGAUACUCUGUCAGGCAAAGGAUUUCGUGCCAGGUACCAAGCUAUAAAGAUUAGGGCAGCCAAAACAACUAUUAGCACAACCCUUGCCUCAACUCAGACAAACAUGGUCAAUGACAAAGUAACUACAACGUCAUCAAGCGAAGAGACCACUCAAGAGAUAUCUUCUACUAGAGAGAGCAAACUCAGCUCUCAACAAAAAACAGAUCACACCUCCAUGACGAGAGGAGAAGGUUUGUCUGACACAUUGGACGAUGGAAGAGAGUCUGAGUCAAACACCUCCCUAAUUGCUGGAUUAAUUGCAGCUUUGACAGUAAUUUGUGCGAUAUCCGCAAUAGCUUUGUUUUAUUUUCACAGAAAGCGUAGUAGGGAAAAUCAAAACAACCGGAACACACCUGCAGUGAGCUUUCAACCGGACGAGAAAGCAGUCUCCAUUUACGCCACCCCAACGGAUGUGUGUAACACGAGUUCUGGCUGUGAUGAAGAAGAAAAUGAUAAUCGUUACACAUAUGUCAACCCGCCUGGAAUGUAUAAUAACAGGUUAAACUAGU